UGUUCACAAACAGAGUGAGGUAGCUCCAACCUUGCCUUGGCUCUUUGACUGCUGGAUCUAAUGGCAGAGUUGAAGAGCUGUGCUGAAUGGAAACCUUUUAUUGCAAUGAUAGCAAUUGAUUUUUUGUUUGCUGUGGUGAAUAUUCUUCUUAAGAAAGUCCUUGAUGAAGGGAUGAACCAUUUGGUCCUCAUAACAUUCCGGCUGUCAAUUUCUACAAUCUUCUUGGCCCCUAUUGGCUACUUCUGGGAAAGGAACAGCAGACCAAAGCUCACACCACGCAUUUUAUGUUACCUCUUCUGCAGCGCUAUCGUCGGGGCCUCGCUAACGCAGUACUUCUUUCUCCUUGGAAUUCAAUACACAUCUGCUACAUUUGCAUGCGCCUUUGUCAACAUGGUGCCGGUGCUCACAUUUAUAAUGGCACUACCAUUCCGGAUAGAAACAGUGAACCUCAAAAGCAACGGUGGGAGAGCCAAAAUACUCGGUUCAGUGAUUUGUGUUGGAGGUGCCCUGCUAUUAACCCUUUAUAAAGGAAUGCCUUUAUUCAAACACCCACGCUCACAGGCCCUGGCUCCAACCAUGGCAAAUGCAAUCAAGCUGAGCUCUUCUAGAAGGGCAGAGAGGUGGACCAUUGGUUGCCUAGCUUUGAUAGUAGGAACCAUGUUGUGGUCUUCAUGGUUUAUCAUUCAAUCACAUGUAGGCAAAAGAUACCCCUGCCAAUACUCCAGCACUGCAAUCAUGUCUUUCUUUGGUGCAAUUCAGUCAGCUCUCUUAAGCUUGUCUACAAGCAGGGACCUUUCCAUAUGGGUUCUGAGGGGAAAAGUGGAAAUCAUAACUGUCCUCUAUUCUGGAAUGAUAGGAUCAGGCUUGUGCUAUGUGGGCAUGGCGUGGUGUGUCAAGAAGAGGGGUCCUGUCUUCACAGCAGCAUUUAGUCCUCUUGUUCAGAUAAUGGCAGCCAUGUUUGAUAUCCCCAUCCUUCACGAACAACUCAAUCUUGGAAGUUUGUUGGGUUCGAUAGUUGUCAUUAUUGGACUGUACAUUCUUCUUUGGGGCAAGAACAAAGAAGUGCAGAAUUAUGCAUCAAAAAUUGCUCAAGAAGCCAAAGAGAUCAGGGAGCAAGAGACUCAGUUACAAGUAAUCACAGUUUCUUGUGAUUUAAGUUGUCCUGAGGCCAAGUAGCAUUUUGCUGCCUACCCUCCACUCCAUUCAUGUAAUAUUCAAUAACCUAUUAAUAAAUACCACCGAAUAUGUUUCGACUUCUCUUCAA